ACUACCCAGUGUCCCCGGUGGGAAGGUAUGUUGAUAAAGCUUUUCUGCAGGCCAAUUUGUUGAUACAUACAUGUUAGGAUCUUAAAUGCACAUGAGGGAGAGAAAGUCUUAAGCAGACUCCACACUAAGCAUGGAGCCCCAAGGGGGGCUUGAUUGCAGGGCUCAAUCUCAGGGCUCGAUCUCAUGACCCUGAGAUCAUGACCUGAGGUGAAACUAAGAGUUGGAUCCGUAGCUGACUGCACCACCCAGGCACACCUAAUUUAACUUUUUAAUACUUGUUGGUUGUCCUUUGAUUAUGGGGACCUGGGCAAGAGGCAAUAAGGUAAGUCACCAAUUUCCAUUUGGCUCAGAUCAGGAGUGCUUGUCCAGGUACUUCCUGUGGAAAAGAUAAUUUAAGAAACCUGUGAAAUGAAACCUGCGUUUUCCAGCUUACUCUUCCCAAGCCCUUCUGUUACAUGACUCCCUCAGCUCAACACUGUGGAGAGAAAAGCAGCCCAGGCUUCCUCCACAGGUAACCUGGACAGAGGUCCAUCCAUACCACCUUAAGGCAUUUUCUUUUCUUUUCUUUUUUUUUUAAAGCUACCUUAAGGCAUUUUCUGUUCCACCAGUGGGAAACACUGUCUUACACUUACUCGCGAUCCUCUGCUUGCUGUGCGGACCAGGCUUGACAUUGCUCUAAGCAACAAUAGUAAAGUGAACUGGUUCAAUCUUGCCCAACUGUGUCCGAAGGCUCUUAUCAUUCUGCCACCAGAAAGUUCAUAUGCUCAAAAUUGGUUCUUAGGAGCACUGACCUUAGUGCUCUUCCUCUGUAAAGGUAUAAUGUAGGAAUAACCUUUGUUAGAUUAUGGCAGGAUCUUUGUGCUUCCAUUGCACAAUUAGACAUUUUGCAAGGCAGAGGCAUUAUUAUUAUCACAGGCAGAUGGUGAAAUGUUACUCCAUCCUUCUGUGCCUGCUUUAACUUCCCUGCACAACAUCAUUUAGGGGGUUUCUUUACAAAUUGCAGUUUAUUUGGAAAAGAUUUAGAGCCCUGAGGGUUUGGCAAGAAGCUCUGGGUUAUGAGCGCAUCUACUUUAUCUGUCAGUAGCAGAAAGGGCGCCUCUGAUUAAUACUGAUUUUGCCCUGCAAGCCCGGUAGAGAACAGAUGAAGUCUUUGUUUCUUCAAUACUGUUCUGGGGUAAGAGAAGCUUGGAGGUUUCCCUAUCUGUGGCCCCUGGAAAAAGGUUAAGUGGGUAUCCACCUAAGGAUGGAGGAAUUUCUUGUGGUGGGCUUCCCUGUGGAAGGAGAUGGAGAAUUUAUUAACCCAGACUCCAGGGGAUUGCUUCAAAAGAGAGAAGGGCAUUCACAAUCUACUUUACUCUGAAAAGAGGAGACAAGUAUCAUAAACACAGUAAAUGUAGUGGCAGGAAGGAUGCAGGAUGGCACUGAGGGGAUCUGGGGUGGGGGUGCGACAGAAUGAGAGGCUGAGGAGAUGACAAUUUUGUGGUUUUGUUUUGUUUUGUUGUUGUUUCUUUCAGCAGCUACUGGAAGGUUGGGGAAAUGGGUGAAUGAGGAAGAAUGUUAGGUUGUCUUGCUGUGUAAUGCAUGGGCACAUCCCUAGAGUCACUCUUUGUGGUUAGACUGUUGGGCAGGGGGAAGCUCUUAUGGAAAUUUCAGGGGAGUCCCCUGGGGUAUUAUCAGAGGAGAGAAGUUUGAAUGAGGCUUUCACAUGUUAAGAGAGGCUUUGUGGUGAGAUUUAUAGCUACUUCUCCUGUCCACUUUCUGAUAGUACAGAUAUUAUUAUAGAGGACACAUCAGAAGCAGAGUCCUCCUGCUGGGUGGGUAGUAGAUGGAUGAUAUAAUUGGAGAAUCCCUGCAAUUUUUCUGAUAGUGUAUAUCAUAUGGAAUUAGAGAUGGCUCAAGGCUCAAGCCAUCUACCACCAUCUGGGCAUAGAACAAUCUAUGCAAAACCAUCACCAUGCAAGCUGACUUAGUGAGCAGGUACUGUGUGCUGGGAGUCGGGCUCAACUUACCUUACACUGAUUGUCUCAUUUUACUCAUGAGAUCCUUUUAGGCGGGUACUGUGGGCACUCCUACCUGGCAGGUGAGACUCAAAGAGAUUAGAGUUCACUUGGUCUCCAAGAUUGCCCUGCCAGUUGGUGACAGAGGCAGAAUUCAGACUCGCACAUCUGAGUUCGUAGUUCCAAAUACUCUCUCUUUCACGUUAUAAUGACCUGUUCAGAAAUUCUGCAUCCUGGUUAUUAUUUCCUAUUGAAAAAUGUGUGAUCUUGCUUGAUUUACAGUGAGCUUACGUCCUGAGAAACCCAUCAUCAGCUGGACGUACUAUUCCGUGGACGAUCAUUUUUUUAAACGCCUGUCUCCUCUGCCUAGCAAGGCUUCAACUGUGAGGAAAUGUCAUUCAGAUUUGGCCAACACCUCAUCAAGCCCUCUGUGGUUUUUCUCAAAACAGAACUGUCCUUUGCGCUUGUGAACAGGAAACCUGUGGUACCAGGACAUGUCCUCGUGUGUCCCCUUCGGCCAGUGGAGCGCUUCCGAGACCUGCGUCCCGAAGAGGUGGCGGAUUUGUUUCAGGCCACCCAGAGAGUCGGGAUGGUGGUGGAGAAGCAUUUCCAGGGGACUUCUCUCACCUUUUCCAUGCAGGAUGGCCCUGAAGCCGGACAGACUGUGAAGCAUGUUCACGUCCACGUUCUUCCGAGGAAGGCUGGAGACUUUCACAGGAAUGACAGCAUCUAUGAUGAGCUCCAGAGACAUGACAAAGCGGAGGAGGACACCCCAGCCUUGUGGAGGUCCGAGGAGGAAAUGGCAGCAGAAGCCGCAACCCUGCGGGCCUACUUUCAGUGACUAUGCAGUCAUUUCCAGGCACGAAAGUAACUUGAACAAAUCCCAAGGCAUAAGGAAAUGGGCCUCGUUCUCUAGGACACCGCGGCAUUGGAAAUGAAGCUAAGCAGACUUUAUUACAUCCUACAAUUCUGCAACCUUUUGCGAAGCAUUUUAUUACACUUGUGGAAGCCAUCGGGGUUAUGUUUCAAUCAUGAUGACUGACAGGCUAACUUCAAAAUAACAGCAUCGACAGCCCUUCCACACUUUCUGGGCUAUGUACUUAGAAUAGAACCUUUUCUAAAUUGUCCCUUGGUCUGGAUGGAAAUAAAAUGGUAGUUAAAAUAUUUAUCUUGUGUGUUGGGUAACUUAAAAAUUGAUAUUUUGGGGCCUCUGAAAGGUAUAACCGAGGAAGUCAAUCUUUUAGAACUACCAUGCUUCCUGUAACCAAAGGUUUGUUAAAGCUGAGAUAAAAUUUAGAG